UUUUUUAUCUUUCAAAAACUAACGAAGAAGCUUGUCCUCGCCUUGGUUUUUUUCCCUCUCCUCGACAAGGCGUUGACGGAAACGGUUUGACGGUCAGGAAAACUUUUUGAAGUGACGACACCAGCACUCUCGACCAGCAUGCGAACUUCCGCAAGUACGCUGCGGCGCUCGGUGUCGCGACCCGGCGCGCCGUCCCACGCCGCCGCACGACACCAAAAGAGGACCAUCGCGACCCCGCCGCCGCGACACAUGGUGCCUGUGCUGCGGCAGCAGGCGAGUCUGGAGCUGCGCACACAAAUGCGGCCGCCGCUAGUAGUGGCAGCUAGUACAACAUCAACGGCGCACCUGGCCGCGGCUCGUCCACAAGCGGGCUUCGUCGCGCGACCCUUCUGCUCGGCAGCGGCGGAGCUGUCGUCGUCCGUAGGCGCGUCCUUUGCCAGGGAAGGUGAGACAAUGGAUGGAAUAGCGGAACAAGAAAGUACAAGUAGCAACACUCAGAAUGGACUCAAUGUGCCGGCAGCUUGGAGAUCGAACGUGAUCUACCACGACCACGGGGUCAUGACGGCCUACAAUUGCAUUUGUCAGGCCUUGGGCUCCAAACCGGAGGAGGAAAACAGGAAGCUGGCAGACGAGUACUUAUGAGUGAUUGUUGUUCUGAAGACCAAGAAGCUCAGGACUGUUCGUGCUUACGGAUUGAUCCGACAUUAAUUUGUAAAUGCGCCGCGGUUAUAUACAGGAGUUCCAAACAUAAAUCCUUUUAGCACAACCGUGAUUUCUUUUCCACUUUGGAUAUCAUGUUGUACCAUUUUGGUCGUCCUCACAGGUUUUUUUUCCAAAUCAAGUGCCUGGACCAGACCUUCGAGGGCCGGUCCCGCAACAAGCGGACGGCCCGGAAAGAAGCGGUGAAGCAGUUGCUGUCCGGCUUACAGCACCAGUUCACGCAGGACCAGCUCGACACCAUCUGCCUGACCACUUAUGCAUUCCAAACAUCCGUCUGGGUCUUCAAUUUGCUGCAGAGGUUUAUCCUCCACUCCUUGCUGUGACGCUAACUCUGGAGCGGACAAAAAUCUGUAUUGCAUGACUUCCAAAACAAGUUGCCUUCUUGUUGACUUUUUCAUGCGGGGAAGAAUAUUUUUUAAGAAGCCUGUGCAAAGAACCCUGUGCCAAUGCUUUGUUUGCAUUCAAGUUCAUCUAAAAGUAUUUGAUCCAGAAACUGGAUGAGAAAUAACAAGUGCGCGACUGUUCCAGACCUAGACAUGAUAUUUGCAUAUCAUACCACCGCACAAAAACUGAUUCUGGACCAGAGCAAGACGGGGGCGAACAGUUUGAACGUGAAAUUUUCGACCGUGAACGCGGACGACAUGACCGCGAAGCCGGAGGUCACCGCGGAGGUUGCCAUCGGCGGGGUAUCGAAAGGAAAAACUCCCCCUCCCCAUAUCGAAAAGGCAUGUUUCCGAAAAUUUGUGUUGCUGAUUUGAGGUCACAAAUUUGUCUUGCAAGAAGAGAAGUGCAAAAGCUUCGCCCCUUUUAUGGAGGCGAUUUGUCAUGCUGUUGGGCCUAAAGGGCAGCCGUUUGCCAUGCUGAGCAACUAGACCGAUACGCCCCUACAUAGCCCGAGGAUCUGGCCGCAGUGCCUUCCUGCAAUACAAAGCCGAUUUGUGUACACAAAUCCAGCAUCAGAAGCUUCGUUUUGAUAUGGGGAGGGGGGCUUUUUCCUCUCGAUACGGGGUGGAGGCCAGCGGCGUUGGGGACACGGAAAAAGCCGCCCGGUUAGUGGCCUUCGACCAGCUCAUCGAGAAGAUGAUGAUGUCCAGUGGCGCCUUUGGAAUAAAUCCCGCGGGAGGUGCGGAAGGCGGGGGUACUUACUUUCGUUUUUGUUUACGGAGACACAAAAAUUUGUCAAGAGCAUCUUCCUAAAACAACGCUGCAGGAAGAGCGUUACACCGUGCUUCUGACAGUGGCUGAAUACGACGAGGACACCGCAGUGCUUUCUCUGUUAGAACACGACACCACAGUACGAAGAGGAGAUUCUAUAGCGCUGUUUGUCGUAUGUUGACUACUUUUUUGUAACUCUCACACUUCUUCCUACUGCAGACGCGUCCUCCAAAGCGCCCCCGCAACCGAAAUCCUCUUCGGCCUUGCGCGCUGCGUCGAUGAUUUCGCGGCACAACACGGUCGCGCAGCGCAUGCGGAACAACGUGGAGUUUCACUUUGAAUUCGCCGACGAGAAGUGGACAUCGACCGUGGUGUGGAGCGACGGCGAGUACGCGGAGGGGGUUCACUAUGGGAGUGUCAGGAUCGAAAUUGACAAAAUCGAAAAAUUUGUAAUGCAUAAAAUGCAUGACGCGCAAUACGUGUGUUGCAGAGCAGGCAAGUGAGGCCGAUUGUAAGCCUGUUUGGGGUUAUAGCUCGAGCUGCUAAAGCAGCAGGAGAGAAUCAGUCUUCCUUGCCUAAACAGCAUAACAAACUGGAUUUAGGAACCGCCAGAAUUUGUCAUGCGCCACUUAGAGACUGGGUUCGAACUGGAAUCCAUUUUAUGCAUGACAAACCAUUUCGAUUUUGUCAAUUUCGAUUCUGACACUUGCAUAUGCACAGCAGCAAGACGUUCGCCAAGGCGCUCGCCGCGGAGAACAUGCUGGUGAAGCGCGGCGUUCUGCAGCGGAGCCUGACCGAGGAGGAGCUCGCGCUGGCGGACAGUCCGGAGGGGCCGGAAACGCUGAAUAAGCUCCCCCCGCAGGCCUGGGACCUGUUUCUCCCCUCCCUGUGGAAGGAAUCCGCGGAGAGCUGCCUCCCCUUCCUCACGCAACGAACCCCCGAGCAGGGCUACAUGCCCGUCGAUUUGUGGGAAACGCUGAUCCAGGACACGGCCGCCCGCGGCGCCCGGGAGCAGGAAGAGAACGGCUUCCGCCAGAAAAACCAGGACGUACGGGACUUGUGCAACUGCUGCGUCGAGUAGGCAUUGGGAAACUUGUGUUCUUGAAGACGCCGUCCACAUGCAACACAACACUAGGCAUAAAUACGCAAAAGUCCUUUCUUUCACAGCAGUGCAACAACUGAAUCGCGUCGUUUUAUGCUGUCGUGCACAUCAGAACGCCAUCCAGCUUAUGAUGCAAAAAGACGGAAACAAGAUGUGUUGGCGUUUGCGCGUGUGCGGCUUUUUCUCUUUUUCCCUUCCAUCUCGCGGGCGAGUUCUACGCGACCGGCGGAGCAGAGUACUUUCACAAGUGGCGUGGCCUCCUCGGGUUAGGUAUUGUGAGGCAAAAUCCACCACCUCUCCAUAAUGCGAGCUGAAAGCAGGACUUCAGAUCUUCGACACUUUGUACGCACAAAUGCAUAUCAUGUACGUAGUACUUCCGGAGCAGAGCUUCGUCUAGAGUACUUAUGCUGGUCGACGCAGUAGAGCUAUUUGGCAUGCCACACGACUGCUGCAAAAGUAGCAGCAAUAAAGAAAUAAACGAUGGGAGAAAGCUGGUACUUGAUGAUGUUUCUCUUGCAAAACAAACUGCACUUUGACUUGCGCACACGAAACACGCAAGAGCAGCUCGCUUUGGUCACGGGGUUGGCAAGGGAUUUUUCGUCACGAUACCAGAGGAGCACGCGAUGUUUGACCAGGCUGCGGAUGAGGUGGAAAACAUCGGCCCCCUGACUGUGGGCACGCUCGGAAACUGGCCGCUGUUUAAAGUGGAGGGAUUCGCUUCCGACGCUUUGCACACGGACGAUUUGUUGCUGGUAAUGAAGUGCUACUUCCUGCUACUUCCGAAUUUCAGUUUGGCGGUGUUCUCUCAGGGCGAAAUUUAGACUCCCUUUCGCAUUGCGAAUGACAGGCGUGCCUGGUUAAAACGCAGCGCGAGUACUUCCAUAAAGAUGCCGUUUUAGUUGAUUACAGCCAGAACUAUGCAUUCUCAGAUUCCUAUUCAUAGAUCCUGACACCAAAACGCAGGUAUGCGGGCGCCCCUGCCGGGUGACCUCGGCCAACCCGAAGACGCAGCAGGCCAUGUUGCGAUUGCUCGACCCGCGAGAGGACGAUGCGGACCUGUUUCAGGAGGGCAGCGAGAUCUACGCUGCACAAUUUGGCAUGGCGGUUCCGAACGAACGGAUGGUGCGCGCGUUGAAGUUAUCCUGUGUGAAGAGGACGCCCCCACCGUCACAAAGUUUGCAUGUGAGUGUGCAUGGCGGGAACGUCUCACAUUUUUUAUUCUACUGUAGUUGGGAAAGAGAAGAAAGGAGCCUGCUGAUGUGGCCACGCUAGUUGACCACGACUGCCGUGGAGCACUCGAAUUUGCCAUGGCCGACGUCCUGCAAGACCUCUUGGUUUGCAUAGCGUAUUUUGCAUAUUGUCUGGGAGCAGGUGGGGAAGAGUUUCUGCAGGAUAGAAAUCGUUUGCGGGAUACAAGCCACCUGAAUACGAUCAGGUGCAACCUAUGCCAGUAUCGGAUUGGCUGCAGGGCAUGCUGGUGAACCCAGAGGGCAUUGGGUACUUACACACUGGCUAUUCGCGGCUUAAAUUAUCGAGACGCUGUAAACCGAAAUAUAUUUAUGUUUAUCGUAUGAACAUGAUUGACGCACUAGUCACUGCAGGAUAUAUAAAAGGUUUCUUCUUGUACUUCCUCAUCAAGGGCAGGCACCUGUAGUGUUGGAUUGUAGUCCGUCGGUGCAGAAAAAAAAGUUUCGACUUCAGUUGAGAAUGAUAUCAACUCACGAACAGUUUCGGUUCCGAAGUGGAUCACACGGAGAAGAUUGCGGAGCCGGUUCCGCCCUUGGUCUCCAUUCCCCUGUCGGAGUCGCAGAAGGCCGCCCUGGAAGCCGCCACCAGCCGGCGCAUCACCCUGAUCCAGGGGCCCCCGGGAACGGGAAAAACCUACUGCGGCGCGGCCAUUGUGUCCUCCUACGUGGCGAAGACCCCCUCGGCGCGCGUCCUCGCCUGCGCGGACAGCAACGUCGCGGCCGACAACCUCUGCUUCAAGAUUCAGCAGCUCAUGCCCGGCGCCCGGGUUGUCCGCGUGGGCGACGGGGGCUGCGACGAGCUGCGGAACCAGGUGUUCGAGAACGAGGGCCGGGAGCUCGACGUGCUGUCCAUGAGCACCGCAGAGGUGCGGGAAGCGCGAGCGCAGGCCAUCCGGCGCCAGCUGCCGAACGCCCAGGUGGUGGUGGCGACCUGCAUCGGGUCCGGCAUGGACGCGCUGGACGUGGGCGGCAGUUACGACCUGGUGGUCAUCGACGAGGCGAGUCAAGCGCUGGAGCCCGCCACCCUGGUCGCGCUGGAGCGCGCGGGCCAGGACGUGAAGCACGUCGUCCUCAUCGGGGACCACAAGCAGCUCCCGCCCAUAUGGAUUGCAAAAAUGUCUGGGUCUGGAAGAAUGCAACUUGUGAUGCUAUUUUUGGAAUCUAAGAAAAUCUGUAUUGCAUGAGCAGCAAGAGGCGUCCAGUUUUUGCUCCGCGGAGAGGAAAUUUGUCAUGCGGGAUAGGCAUCAAGAUACCCGCAAAAAAUCUGUCAUGCUAGGUCAUACAUUACAGGCAUCAUAGCCCGUGCGAAAUAUGCAUGACAAACCUGGAAAUCUUCCAGACACAGACAUUUUUACAGUUGAUAGCCCACGGUGCUCUGCAACGACUACCAGGUGGGCGUCAGUUUGUUCCAGCGUCUGGCCGACCGGGGCGUCGACCCCCUCAUGUUGAUCGAGCAGCGCCGCAUGCACUCCCUGAUCGCGGAUUUUCCGAACAAAAACUUCUACAACGGCCGACUGCUCAACGCCACCGACGACGCACAGUUGCAACCGGUCACCGUCCAGAAGGAAUCCAACGUCGAAUUGGUCCAUUGCGCACCAUAUCAUACAGAAAAAGGGCUAGCGGUAGCGCUUGUAAAGAGGCAUGCGUUCUUUAAUUUUCCACUGCAAGAGAAGUUGUACUUAAGUAUGCAUAAGCACAACGCAUAAUGUUGUCUAAAAAUCAAACGCUGUACAACAAGCAAGAACAAACUGAACGACGUCCGAACCAACAUGUUUGCAACAUCCAUAGCACUUGAGUGUGCCUUUCUAGUUUGAGCAGUGAGCAGUAGCCUACUAACUCGGGGAAAAAAAACUUGUCUGCUUUCGUGUGCCACCAGCUGCAAUUUUUCCCUUUGAGACGCCGAUUGAUUUCCAGGGCAACGAGGUGAAGAAGGGGGAGUCCACGUGCAACAAGUACGAGGCCGACAAAUUGGUGAAGUACCUGCAGGAGCUGAGCCAGGCCGAGCCCGGCUUUGACCAACUCACGAUCGGGAUCCUCACACCCUACGCCGCGCAGAAGCACUUACUGGAGAAUUUACUUUUCGACCACGGGUUACUGCGGGAGAACAUCCGCAUCGAUACCAUACCAUGUUGAAAAAACAUCUUUUCUCCAGAAGAAGAGACGAAUUCACCGCCACAAAAUGAAUCGCGCGCGCUUCCACCUCGGAAGACGCAGUUUUUUUUUGUUCCAUUUGCUCCUGAAAAGCACUCUCUGCAUCACAUCUAUAUAUAGUUCGCGUGGUUGAAACGUCUUCGGCGGGGGAACGGUGUUUCUUCAACGUGAUACACUAUCGACGGGUUCCAGGGCAUGGAGAAGGACCUGAUACUUUUCUCGGCGACGCGGUCCAACGCUCGGGGCGACCUCGGCUUUCUCAAGGACCCGCGCCGCAUGAACGUGAUGCUGACUCGCGCGAAAAAGUCGCUCGUGGUGUUCGCGGACGCAACCUGCUUGCGAUCCUCCACCGCCGGGCAUUGGCCCUCCUGGGUGCACUGGGUGCAGGAAAACGCAAAGGUGCGGUUGCCUGUUAGAGAUAUCACAAUACUCCUUCAUUUUGUCCGUACACACACUCCUGCCCGCACUUGUAAAGGGAACGGGAAACUUUUGAGAUUUUUGCUCGUGCCUGCUUUUCGUGCGACAAGAAGUUGAUACGCUAAUAUUCCUCUUGGUGCACUUUACCUCAUGCGCGAAUAUUUAGGUGUCGGGUGACGAGCUCGCCUCUGCGUUUUCCUCCAGCUGGCACAAUCCCCCGCGCAUCAAUGCGACUGAGGAAAGCAACGACGAGGAGUCCGAUUUUUUGAAAAUGCUUCGCGCGAACGAGCAGGGCGCAAAGAGUUUUCAAAGCACCACCACCGCGGCGACGCCCACUGCCGAAACCGCCGAAGUGCACCGGGGCCGGCCAUCAGUGAAGCCGAAGGACGACGGUGCGCAGGUGGAAUUGAGUAGGAAAAGAGAAAAUAAUUGUACAACUGGAUCCUUUCCGCUGGAUGACUGGAUGUUGUUCUGUAUGUGAGUAGAAGAAAUUUAAGAAAUUUAUUCAAAUUUCUUCAAUUAUUUGUUCCUCGUAGAAGUGACUGGGCCCGUGUGGUCACCAGUAGCGUUAAGAAAAGAUGAAUUGCGGAAGAGGUGCAAGCGGUACAGUUUUUCCCAGGAUACUCGGCGAAGCCGAGUUUGAGGCGAUGAUGCAGACAGACAGUCUUCCGGAAAACGAGAGCGCUGUGAAAAACCGGCAAACGGAACAGGAGAGCUUUCUCAAAAUGCUGGACGAAGCAGCGCGGCGCGACACAACUGGGGGGAAUGCUUCUAGCGGCAGCAGUGCAACUUCUUCUGCGGUAGCAGCUGCUAGUGCCGGGAUGUGACGAGCAGGUUUUACAGUAUAGACACCUUAUUCGAGUUCAAAAUGUUUUCUUGAACAACAUCGUUCUUUUGAUGAAAAAGAAAGAUGUGGGUGGCUAUUCCGCUCACCUUGAGAAGCGCGCACGCAAGUCUUUUUAUGAAGAAGUACGCGCCUACACAGUUGUCGUCUUUCAAGCAGUAAGUGUUAGUUUACUCAGCCAGGGAUCUUCAAAAUGACAUGAUAACGUGAGGGCUAGACGAGUAAUCAAUUUUCACAGAUCCGCUCUCGUUUUGCCUGAGACGUCGACUAUUCCGUGUCGGGUUCGGUCUCAACUGACGAGAGCCAAAAUGAAACUCAGGUGGCAGUUGAAGAUCCUUUUUACGGCGGACUUCGUUCCAUCCGCAGAGAGGAUAAUCUGCUUUUUACCACAGUGCCAGUUUUUUACUUGAAGCAUUUCCGAAAAAAGUACUGGCUUUCGGAUGAAUGGUUUUUCCUAAAAGUUGUAGUACAACGAGAACUGCUUGGGUCUAGUGCAAGACCGAAGCGAGUGUCUCUAUGCAAUUCCGAAGCCACUGAAAUAAUCCACUUCAGGUUUAUCGAGGACUACGAUGGAAUAACUCCUCGAGCAGCCGGCUCAGGGAGCGCCCAAGGUAGGCUUCUUCGAAUUACUUGCUGAAAAUGAACAUAGCGAAGAUCCUCGUUUUUCGAGGAAGUAGAAGAUACUUACUACGUACAGCAGGUCCGUUACACAGGUCCGUUACAACUUUUUUUCCAAAUCGAACGACAGAAAAAAGCCUACCGCCUGUCUCCAAGAUGACAGUAACGUAAGGGCUACGUCCACACGGAAACGCGACAACGAAAUGAAUUACCUGACAGAGUUUUAAUUUCCUCCAUUCGAGCAAUUUCCUCCAUUCGAGCGGAUAAGUCUUCGAUAUUUUUUCUUACAUCUAGCGACGAGUCUUUCACCAGUCUCUAAAAGUCUGAUACGCUGCUGCUUUCGGCGAACACAGUAGUAUGUUCUAUUUACACCGAAUGACUCCCGAGAAGUUUUGACUUUCGAUGAUCUUCAGGCAUCUUCCUGGCGAACAGAGACACGCCUAUCUAC